UGGAAUCCGUAAGUUGAAGCAAAAAAUUGUGAAGCCCUAAAAGUUGGAACAUUUUGAGAAUUGCGUUAAAAAUUGGCUCCAUCAUCAUUUAUGAACACUGAUGUUUGUUUCUGACAUGUUUGUCUUUGUUCGACAACUGUGUGGAGGAAGGAGGAUCUUGCACCUGUGAUACUCUUUUGGAUUUUUCUUUCUUCCCUCAACAAUCGAGCUCUGUUCUUGAUUCUAUUUCGAUUUCUCUUCAAAAUCUGUUUGAAUUUUGAUCCGCCGUUGUCAAUCUCCGCCGCAUUUUACGAUCUUCCUCCUCUCGAACUCUUCGAGCUUCAUCAGUGUAACAAUGGCUUCGCAAGAUACUCAUAGCCAUAGCCACGACCACCACCAUGGACAUGACCAUGACCAUGACCACGGCCACGAUCAUCACCACCACGACCACGGACAUGAUCAUCACCACAGCCACAAAAAACCUCAGGGGGAUUCAUCCUUUGUUGGAGCAGAUGGUAGGGUUUAUCACAGUCAUGAUGGACUGGCGCCUCAUUCCCAUGAACCCAUUUACUCUCCUGGCUUCUUCAGCCGGAGAGCUCCGCCUCUUCUUACUAGAGAUUUCACUGAAAGAGCUUUUACCGUCGGUAUUGGUGGCCCUGUUGGUACUGGGAAGACAGCUCUGAUGCUAGCUCUCUGUACCUUCUUACGUGACAAAUACAGUCUAGCUGCAGUCACAAAUGACAUCUUCACGAAAGAGGAUGGAGAAUUUUUGGUGAAGCAUGGAGCUCUACCAGAGGAAAGGAUUAGAGCAGUGGAAACUGGUGGCUGCCCGCAUGCGGCUAUUCGCGAAGACAUCAGCAUUAAUCUUGGACCUCUUGAGGAGCUUUCAAACUUGUACAAAACAGACAUACUUCUCUGUGAAUCUGGUGGAGAUAACUUAGCUGCCAACUUCAGCAGGGAACUUGCUGACUAUAUCAUCUAUAUCAUAGAUGUGUCUGGUGGGGAUAAAAUUCCUCGAAAAGGCGGCCCCGGAAUCACUCAGGCUGAUCUCCUUGUAAUAAACAAAACUGACCUUGCACAAGCUGUUGGAGCUGAUCUAGCGGUUAUGGAGCGUGACGCACUGAAAAUGCGAGAUGGGGGGCCGUUUGUAUUUGCUCAGGUCAAACAUGGAGUAGGCGUCGAGGAAAUCGUUAAGCACAUUAUACGGGCGUGGGAAGGAGCGACAGGGAAGAAACGGCAUUGACAUCUCUCAGCUGGGAAAUAGGAGCCGUUGUACACAGCUUUGGUGCCUUCGUUUCAGAAUUAUGUAAAAUCUUUGUUGGUUUGUUCCUCUAGGCAAAGUUCAAACUUUUAGGUUCGAAACAGGACUUGUGUCGUUCUAAGAUAGAUCAUAAGAGGCUCCAAACUCAUAUGGGAAUUGUCCAAGGCUCAAACUUAUUAUGCCGCUUGGGAUGAUUUGAAGGAUACAAUCUAAUCCGACUUGAAUUGUUGGUCA